GCAUGUUAGAAGGAUCCAUUAUUGUCUGGUUUAGCCUUUGAGACGGUUCGUACACUACGUUAGAUAAGCAGGGGGCAAGCUAGGGUUUCCCGCUCUCCUUAGAGUCUGCGAUUCCAUACCGAUUGCUGGUGUUGGCAGAUCUUUGCUUUCUACUUCAUCUAGGUUUUGUCUUCAAUUCUCGUCUUUGGCCACAAUUACAACCUUUAUCAGAUGAAGAAGCGCGAAGAAUUUGACCAAGUUGGGAAUCGUGAUGGAAAUUACAAAAGAAACCGGAAGAAGAACGAGAGGCGAAUAGGAGGGAAAGCCCUCUCUCUCGAGGCCUUUGCCAACGCUAAAUCCAUGCCUUCUGGUUACAAUCCCUCCUUCAUCAAAAAGCAAAGGGAAUUCUAUAGAAAUGCGAAAUAUGUUAGCAAGUUUAAAAAAUCGAUCAAGGGUGAAAGCCAGUUUGACGAGAAGCGUCAUUCACUCUCAAUUAUUGAGGCUACGAAUGAAGAUGAGAGUGGGCUGAAAUCCCACAAGAUCAGAAAAAAGAAGAAAUUUAGCUUGAAGGAUUUAGAGGAAGAAGUUGUGAAAAAGAGAAUUGAAGCAGAGAAGUUACGGAUGGAUAGAGAGGCAGUGCUGCAGGCCAAGAAGGAGGAGAGAGCAAUAGCUGAAGCGAAACGCAAGCUCCUCAGGGAUAACAUGUCCAAGAGAACUCGAUCUGGACAACCUGUGAUGAAGUACAGGAUUCAACACCUUCUUGAAGGAUUACUAGAAAAAGCCUAGCAGCUAAGUUCUUGUCUUCAUCUUAUAUGAACUGUUACCACUUUAUUUUCUAAAUCUUAUGUACUUUAUAUCCAUUAAAUACUACUACUUAAUGUCACUUGCGAAAUGUUUUUUCA